UUCUAUUCUUAGUUUCCGAUGAUAUGCGUCCACAAUUACCGGUCUAUUAUGGACCUGAUUUCCCAACACCGGUUCAUCCACCGAUGCAUUCUCCUAAUCUGGAUAUGUUGGCAGGCAGAAGUUUAUUGUUGAAGAGAGCCUACGUACAACAAGCUGUCUGCUCACCCAGUAGAACGUCUUUGCUGACUGGACGACGACCAGAUACGACCCACGUUUACGACUUGGUAAAAUAUUUCCGUAAUGUCGGCGGUAACUUCACUACUAUUCCAGAAUAUUUUAAACAAAAUGGUUACAGAAGUAUUGGAAUGGGGAAGAUUUUCCAUCCUGGGAGAGCAUCUGGAAAGGACGAUCCAAUUUCCUGGACUGAACCAUACUUCCAUGCUCCUAAUCUUGGGCGAUAUUCUGUUCGUAAUAAUAGCUGGCGAGCUGUUCCAAGAAGUGAAUACGAGGCCCUACCUCUUCCCGAUACCCAAAUCGCCGAUAAUGCUAUCAAGGUAUUAAGGGAUGUUGCUCCAGCAGCUCGUAGUGGUGAAAAGAAUUUCUUCGUGGCUGUAGGGUUCCAUAAACCACAUCUUCCUUUCGUCUUCCCUGAAGAGUUCCUGUCAGCCUAUCCUAUUGAAUCUAUACACCUUCCAGAUAACGAAUUUGCACCUGUCAAUAUGCCUGAAAUAGCUUGGGUUAGUUACGGUGAAUUGAGGGCAUAUCUUGACAUUGCCCGUUUGAAUGCUUCAGGAAAUCCCAAUACUUCACUUCCUAAUGAUGUUGUUAUAAACUUACGGCGGGCUUAUUAUAGUGCUCUGUCUCAUACAGACAAUGAAUUGGGACGAGUUUUACAGGAACUUGAGAAUCUUGGUUUAGCAAAUGAUACUAUUGUAUCUUUCUGGGGAGAUCAUGGUUGGCAACUAGGAGAACAUGGUGAGUGGUGCAAACAUACCAACUUUGAGGAUGCUGUUCACGCACCAAUGAUGAUUCAUGUGCCUGGAGUCACCGACAAAGGACUCGUUACCGAGAGACUCACGGAAUUCGUGGAUUUAUUCCCUACAUUGGUUGAAGCUGCGGAAUUAGAACCGUUACCCCUUUGUCCGGAAAAUUCAGAUGAAAUAGGUUUGUGUCGGGAAGGUACGAGUUUGAUGCCGUUAAUGCGGGAUCCAACAAUGGAAUGGAAGGAAGCAGUAUUCUCACAAUAUCCAAGAAGUAAAAAUGGAUUAAGUAUAAUGGGGUAUUCAAUUCGUACUGAUCAAUAUCGAUAUACGGAGUGGCCAGGUUUCAGCGGACCUCCAGCUUAUAAACCAGAAUGGGAAAAUAUGUUCGGAGUUGAACUUUAUGAUCACGAUACUGAUCCGGAGGAAAAUUAUAAUCGUGCUGAUGAUCCAAACUAUGCGACUAUCAGAAAUAAACUCAGAGAUCAACUACGUACUGGUUGGAGAGAGUUUUUACCUCCGGUGUAGAUGAUAUAUGAUUCA